GGCCCUGGCGGAAGCGAGAGCCAGGUGUGAGUUUGUAAAUUGAGUGGAGCUCACCGGGGCUGGGUUGACAAUAACACAGGAAGAAGCAACGGCAAGCUUUUGCUCAAAAAAGGCUGAGUAGCGCUCUUAAUUAAUGACUUUUUAAGGCCGCCCGCCAAAAAAAAAAGUGUCCUUAAAAGAUUCUUGUCCCCCGGAGUAACCUUUUCUACCUUUUUGAUUUAGUUGUUGUUUGUGUGUGUGUGGCUGUUGGAACAUGGCUCAGCAUGGACAUCAUGGAGCCAGUUCUCAAAAGGCGCUCAUGCUGGAGAUGAAAAGUCUACAGGACGAGCCGGUGGAAGGAUUUAAGAUCACUUUGGUCAACGAGUCGGACAUGUACAACUGGGAGGUGGCCAUCUUCGGACCCCCCAACACUCACUACGAGGGGGGCUACUUUAAGGCUCUGCUCAAGUUCCCAGUGGACUACCCCUACUCUCCACCUGCCUUCCGCUUCCUCACCAAAAUGUGGCAUCCUAACAUUUACGAGAAUGGAGACGUGUGCAUCUCAAUCCUGCACCCGCCAGUGGAUGACCCCCAGAGUGGUGAACUGCCAUCGGAGAGGUGGAACCCAACACAGAACGUGAGGACCAUCCUACUCAGCGUGAUCUCUCUGCUCAAUGAGCCCAACACCUUCUCCCCCGCCAACGUGGACGCCUCUGUCAUGUACCGCAGGUGGCGGGAAAGCAAGGGCAGGGACCGGGAGUACAUCGACAUCAUCAGGAAGCAGGUGCUGGCCACCAAAGGCGACGCAGAGCGCGAUGGCGUGAAGGUGCCCGUCACGCUGGACGAGUACUGCGUCCGCACGCAGGUGCCGCCCACGGACGACGGCUCCAACUUGCUGUACGACGACUACUACGACGACGAAGACAUGGAGGACGAGGAGAACGAGAACGAGGACUGUUGCUACGACGACUCUGGCACCGAGGACUCCUGACCUCCACGCCUUAUUCCUCUGGAACCUUGGCCUCUCCUCUUCCUCUUCCUCCUCCUCCUCCUGUGUCCUGUGUGUCACUUUCCCACACACUGACUUCUCAGAUACAAAGUGGGAUGAAGAUGAGCUGAUUGUGUGUGUGUGUGUGCGUGGAUGUGUGUGUGUGUCUUGGAAGCCCUGCCAUGUUUCUUUCACCUCUGACCUUUUUAAAGCCCACUUGAGCCGUUCACUCCCUUGUGCCUUCCCUCCAUGGCCUUCCUCCCCCAACUUGUUUGACUAUUUCUUUAGUGGACACCCAGGGACGUUCCCUCACAAGGUGGACCAGACCACGUGAGCGCCAUCCACCUGCUGGAACUUUUUGGUCGUUGUAGCCAACAGACGCCGUUCGUGGCUUGGAGAUCAAACGGAGUCGGAGCGCAUACGAGGAAUCCUGCGACAGUCCCCCUCCCCCUCGUUUUCCUGAGUCCGACUGAAAGCUAGAAAGCAGUAUUUGUACAGGUGCGUGGUGUCAGGAGGUCAGGGGUCAACAUGGACACACUGUCCAUUCCGGUUUGGAAUCUUCUCUAAUGCAAAAAACAAAAGUCCUACGUUUUUACUUGCUUGUUUGUUAAAAGGGCUGAGAGGUUUUUCCCGUGCAGUCUUUGUCUUUCCACGUGUGGAGUGAUGAGAGCACACACAUGACGCCAUCGUGUGACCCCAGUGGGUUUACGUCUGAGGAGAGCACACACGUGACGCCAUCGUGUGACCCCAGUGGGUUUACAUCUGAGGAGAGCACACAUGUGACACCAUCAUGUGACCCCAGUGGGUUUACAUCUGAGGAAAGCACACAUUUGACGCCAUCGUGUGACCCCAGUGGGUUUACAUCUGAGGAGAGCACACACGUGACACCAUCAUGUGACCCCAGUGGGUUCACAUCUGAGGAGAGCACACGUGACGCCAUCGUGUGACCCCAGUGGGUUUACAUCUGAGGAGAGCACACACGUGACGCCAUCAUGUGACCCCAGUGGGUUUACAUCUGAGGAGAGCACACACGUGACACCAUCAUGUGACCCCAGUGGGUUUACAUCUGAGGAGAGCACACGUGACGCCAUCGUGUGACCCCAGUGGGUUUACAUCUGAGGAGAGCACACACGUGACCCCAGUGGGUUUACAUCUGAGGAGAGCACACACGUGACGCCAUCGUGUGACCCCAGUGGGUUUACAUCUGAGGAGAGCACACACGUGACCCCAGUGGGUUUACAUCUGAGGAGAGCACACACGUGACGCCAUCGUGUGACCCCAGUGGGUUUACAUCUGAGGAGAGCACACACGUGACGCCAUCGUGUGACCCCAGUGGGUUUACAUCUGAGGAGAGCACACACGUGACCCCAGUGGGUUUACAUCUGAGGAGAGCACACACGUGACGCCAUCGUGUGACCCCAGUGGGUUUACAUCUGAGCAGAGCACACACGUGAUGCCGUCAUGUGACCCCAGUGGAUUUACAUCCGAGGAGAGCACACACGUGACGCCAUCGUGUGACCACAGUGGGUUUACAUCUGCAUACUGAAGCAACACCUCAGGAAAACACCUUUUUGACUCCAUGGACUGUUUACAACCUACCUUCACAUGCACACCUGGAUGCUUUUGUUUUCUAUUUAAAAUAAAGAUCUUUAUUAGAUUUUUUAAAAA